AGUGGGGGUAUUACUGUCAUAUUUGGCAUAAAAUUGUAUCCAUCCUCCUCACAGAAAAAUUGAAACUCUACCGAAAAUGCCCUUUUGCAACUUUAUGCCUUCUCAACCCACAAAAUUUAAAAUCCGGAUCACAUAAGUAUAAGAAAGGAAAUUCAAAUAUGAAGGGCGUUUUUGGUAUUGCAUAAUAGAUUUACACACUGACCAAGAUCAGUUUGAUGGGACAAAAUGGAGUUUGAAGUAGUAUUGUAUUGCCUUUUAGGAAGACAAGUACAAUCACCUUUUUCAUUUUUCAUAAACUUUUCUUCAGCGUUUUUCUUCUUUUCUUCUUUGCUGAGAAGAAAUGAUGCAAGGCAAACAUCAAAAGAAGCAAGCAAUAUCCAUGGAGACUGACAAGACCAAGAAGCAAGAAACUGUGAUUGAAAUUGAGAAGACUAGGAAACAAGCAACACCGAUGGAAACUGAGAAGACUAAGGUAAGUUUUUGUCAACUGAUACAUGUAUUUUUUAGCUUAUUUUAUAUUGUUCUUCAUUUGUCAACUGAUGAGGUAUUUAUCUACAAACUAUCAAGUUUUGAUUUUGUAAAGUUAUUGUUUAUUAACCUACCAAAAAUCAUUUUUAUUUUGGCCUCUAAGAAAACAACACCCAUCGAAACUCAGAAGACAAAGAACGAAACAACAACUAUAGAAGCUGAUAAGAUUAAGAAACAAAAGGUUGGUAGCUCGCUGAUAGAAGCUGAAAAAUCCAAGACAGACAUAUUGGUUGAGCCACAGCCAGAAAACAAUGACAUUAUCGUCCCGGUUGAUGAUAGAGCAUAUGAUCCAGUUAAUAAUGUUAACAAAAAAAAGGAGAUUUGGAGGCUAGGUGUCAUUGUCGAUGACAUGUGGAUCGUAACAAAGGCAGAAACUGAAGUUAGCAUUGAGUUAUUGAUUAGGGAUAUCAAGGGAAGCACUAUUCAAGUUUCAAUAUUGGAAAAUGACAUUGAGUUAUGGAAAACAAAGUUGGCUGAAGGGAAGACCUAUUACAUGCGUAAUUUUCGCGUUCAUGACAAUGAUCAGGGUUUUAAAAUGACUACACACAAAUUUCGGUUAACAUUUGUUGGAGCCACAAGAGUUGACGAAGCUCACAUUCCUGGAAUUCCAAAAACCCUUUUCAACUUUAAGGAUUUUUCUGAGAUUCAGUCAGGCAAUUUUGAACCUGAUGUUUUAGUUGAUGCAAUUGGAGUCAUUGAAUCUAUCAAAAAGUCUGUUACUGCAACAUCCACAAAAAAAGGGAAUGUGGCUUUCACCUUGAAGGAUUUAAGGGAUAAUGUUCUGGAUUGCACUCUUUGGGAUGGUUUGUCUGUGGAAUUUAUUAACUUUUACAACAAACUAACUGAUAUGGGUCCUGCUGUGAUGAUUAUCAAACAUGCACGCGUGAAGGAACCACAAGGUGUUUUCCCGUUACAACUAACUAAUGUGUGGAAUGGUACAAAACUGUUAUUUGACAGAAACAUCCCUGAAAUCAAAGUUUUUCAAAACAGCUUACCAAAUGAUGCGACAUACCCAUCGCAAAGUUUCCAUGGGACCACUUCAACUCAGUUUCGUACUCAAUCUUCUGUUGGAUCUCAAUAUACUUCCGAUGAAAACUUUUGCAAUCAGGCCCGUGUGAUCGGCCUAGGAGAUAUGAAAAAACUUAAAGCUGAUACCUACUGUGUCACUGUUGUUACCACUUCACACAUUAGGGUUUCAAACCAAGGGUGGUUUUUCAGGUCCUGCCCUGAUUGCUCUUGCAGAGCCGAUGGAACUGAACCACCUUUUCAAUGUAGGAAGGGACACCAAACAGAUAAUCCUAUAAUCAAGUAUAAACUGGAUGUGGAAGUUUAUGAUGGUGAUGACACUGCAAAGUUUAUUUUCUGGGACAGCACGCUAGAUGACUUGGUUGGCAUGAAUGCAGCAACUCUACUUGCUAAAGAGAAAAAGAGGGGUUUUGGCGAUCCUCAGGAAUAUCCAUUAUGUUUUGAUGACCUAAUGGAAAGGAAAUUUGCCUUUAGAGUCAAGUGGCAACCAGGGUAUGGAGGUCAGGCUUCAGUUCUGCAGUGCAAAGAUAGCAAAGAGUUGGUUGACAAGAUCCAAGAACAAUUACCUGCUGGGGAGAGUAUCGGCAACAAUAUUGAGGACAUUGAAGAUGAAAUUUUAACAAUUACUGAAGAACCUCCAAUUCAGGCCUUUACUCAAUCUGAUAUUGACAAAUUUGCUGGCUUAGAUGAUUCAAUCUUAUCAACGCCAAAUGUUUCUGCUUCUGCUGACAAUGACCUAUCGGCUUCUUCUCACAAAACACCGGCGACAAGAAUAGCUGUUAAGCCAUUAACCGUUGAUCCUAUCAACCUGGAAUCGCAGUUCUCAUCAACCAGAUCUCGCAAGGUGAUUAAAAAGGAGAAGAUUUAAUAUAACUAUCACUUAUUAGCAGCAGACUAUCAUGAAAUGUGGUUUUGAUUUAUCUUUUUGUAUACCACACAAAUGUUGAAAAGAAGUUACUAUUAAAUUUCAUGAUGUAAUUUAUUGUUAUUUUGAAGUUUGUUUUAUUCAAACCCUUGACAAACUUUAUGUUGACAAACUUAAAUAUUGUAUUAUCCUAUAUGUUAGUAGGAAGACUUGCUGAUCAAGUAACCAUUUUGUUGUAAUAUGGAUUAAAAUUUAUUCAUCAGUCUGUUAAUCUCCAUCCUUCAAAAACUUUAUGGUGA